GGCUGGACUAGGGCCUGAUACAUUGCUAUUUGACAUAUGCUGUGGGACAUGAAUAAUUGGUCUCACGUUGGCUCAUCAUGUUGGUAUGGUUGUAGGCAUUGAAAUGAAUGCUUCUGCAGUAGAAGAUGCUUAAAGGAAUGCUGUGAUUAAUGGAAUAAAAAAUUGUAGAUUUGCGUGUGCAAAGGCAGAAGAUGUGAUGGGAUCUGUAUUGAAGGAUUACCUCCAUAUGUCUGAAAAACAAGAUCAGCUUUCAAUCGCGUGCAGAAGUGGUGAUUAAAAAACAAUUACCCCUGAAGAGAAAGAUCCAUCCAUGGAUACCGCACAUAAUGCUGAAGAGAGCUCCUGUUGUGUGCCUGAAAAUCACAAGAAUCUUUCUGGCAGGUCACAAAAUGGUGGACAAGAACCUCAGAAUCAACUUCAGAAGAGUACCUGUUCAAAAGACAAAAAUUCUUUGACGCAGCAAUUUAAAAAUGUUGUUGCAAUUGUUGAUCCCCCACAUAUGGGGUUUCAUCCUAUUUUAAGUAACAAGCUGUUCAUAUUAUGCAGGCACUUCUCCGUGCUGGGCCUGGUUGAUUAUUCAAGUAAUCAAAGCUUUGAGAACUCAUCCAAGUUUACAGAGGCUUGUGUACAUUUCCUGCAAUCCUGAAAGCCUAGUGGCAAAUGCCAUUGAGCUCUGUACACCUUCUCCUACAAAACUAGAGAAAGGGAAGAAAGACAACAGGGGUUGGAGGUUUAUGAGCACUGCUGGUUUGGCGCGGCACAGGGUAAAGUUGAUGCCUGUAUCAGAGCCCUUCCGGCCUGUAAAGGCCAUGGCUGUUGAUCUUUUCCCACAUACUCCUCACUGUGAAACAGUGAUGCUGUUGGAGAGGUCGACUGGCCAAAACACUCUGGAGAUGUUAUAUAUCGACUGAGCCAACCAUGAAUAGAAUGCAACAGAUAAAUUAACAGACUGAAAUUUCGAUAGUGGUAGCUUCAUAUUGUUUCCUUCUCAUUAACAUUUACAAAUGAUUAUUUAUCGCCUGUUUCUUCCUUCCCCUACCCUAUUAGUCUACCCCUGCAUAUUGAUACC